AUGCCUUUGAUAGUACUAACAGGUGUCCCGUGCAGUGGUAAAACAACCCGCGCUCACGAACUAAAAAAGUUCUUCGAAGAACAAGGUAAAGAAGUCCACAUAAUAAGCGAAUACGAUCAAAUAAUCAAAGCCAACUUCGAAAUAAACGCUUUCUACAAAGAUUCCAACAAAGAGAAGCACAUUAGGGGCCUCCUAAGAAGCGAAAUGCUCAAAAUUAUUUCCCCUACCAAUGUAGUUAUAUUAGAUGGGCCUAAUUACAUUAAAGGCUAUAGGUACGAGUUGUUUUGUGGCACCAAAGCCAAUAAAAGCACACAGUGUACAGUACAUACGGAAAUCAAUAGAGAACAAGCGUGGGGGUACAACGAGGCAAGGCAAAACGACCAGGAAAAGUACAGCAGAGAAACAUUUGACGCCCUAGUAAUGAGAUACGAAGAUCCUGAUGGCAAAAACCGUUGGGACAGUCCCCUAUUUACAAUUUAUCCAGAGUCGAUUUUAGACCCCACUCCGAUUUAUUUGAGCCUUUUCAAAAAGGCUCCCCCAAAACCGAAUCAAGCAACAGAAAACCCACCACUGAGCUCAACGAAUUUCUUGUACGAUUUGGACAGUAUGACGAAAACUAUCACAGAUGAGCUUAUAAAAGCUAAAAAGAGUGGCCAGGAGGAGUUUAAAGUCUCCGGAAGUAAUGUUGCUAUUAAUAUAUCUGUGAUGAGCGUGCCUCAAUUGAUGCAGUUGAGGAGGCAGUAUUUGAUUUACUCAAAAAUGAAUACUCCUGAUUUAGAUAAGGUUCCUGAAUUGUUUGUACAGUAUUUGCGGACUAGUUUGGAAUAA